UCUUCAUCUGUUGCUAAUGGGAGGAUCUUCACCUACACUUCAUUGUCAACCUUAUUCUUCACCUAGAGUUAACCUAAUGGAUAUUGGAUAGGGUUGCACAAGGGUUGCGCAGUUCCUCUCAAUCAAAUUUCAUUUUUUUUUUAAUCCGACUCCAUGCUCGAUGCUCCUGAAGUCCCAUUUCCUUUCCCCCAAAACUCUUCCCUCAUGCCUCUCCUCCACCGCCCCCAUCUUCUACUCCAAUGGCGUCGGCCGCCGCCCGAAGAAGAAAAUCUAUCACCGCGUUCCCGAGCUCGACAAGGUGAUGGACCUCCGUAAGAAGCCCGCUCUCCUCCUCCGCCUCCGUUCCAUCAUCGGCGCCCAGAAAUCGCGUUCCUUCCUCCUCCGCGACCUUGAGAAAGAGGUCGGCUUCGUAAAAAAAUGGAACUUUGUCUCCCUUAUCGAGAAGCACCCCGCCAUUUUUAAAGUAUCAGGCGGCGGGGCCUCAGGCUCCCCCAUCUCGGUACGCCUCACUGAUAAGGCGGAACGCAUCUCCUCCGAUGAAGCUCGAGCCCAGCAAUUGAUGGAACCCAUCUUGGUCCGCCACCUUCGUAAGCUUCUCAUGAUGUCCAUCGAUUGCCGGGUUCCUUUACGGAAGAUCGAAUUGAUCCAGUCCGAGCUGGGUUUGCCGAAAAAUUUUAGAGAAUGCCUGAUUCCCAAAUACCCGAAUUACUUUUCCGUAAAAUCUGUGAACGGUUCGGAGUAUCUCAACCUUGAGAGCUGGGAUUCUUCAUUAGCCGUCACCGUCCGGGAAGAAAGCUUGGAUCUUGGAAGGUUGGAAGUAGGAUCUAGGAAGGUAGUUGGAAAAGAUGGUAAUUUUCCGGGACCUCAUGCGUUUAAGAUAAGUUAUGCGUCUGGGUUUAGACCGAAUGCGCAUUAUCUCGAGGAAGUUCAGAAAUGGCAGAAAAUGGCAUUUCCUUCACCAUAUCUGAGUGCCAGGAGGAUCCAACCAGCCACGCCGCAAGCCAGGAAACGGGCUGUUGCGGUGCUUCAUGAGCUCCUGAGCUUGACGAUGGAGAAAAUGCUAACUUCAAAUAAGCUAGAUGCAUUCCAUAAUGAAUACCAGCUUCCCUGUAAGCUGCUACUUUGCUUGGUUAAGAAUCAUGGAAUUUUCUACAUUACGAAUAAGGGGGCUUGGAGUACUGUGUUUCUUAAAGAAGCUUAUGAUGGAUGUAAUUUAAUAGAGAAAUGUCCUCUGCUGCAGUUCCAAGAUAGGUUUGUUUCGCUUAUUGGAAGGACUUAUCUUGAUUUUAGUAAUCAGCUGGCCGUUUAAGUAUUCUUUUAUAUAGAUUAAAAUCAUCAUCACCAUCAAGCCUUGUCCUAAUUGCUUUGGUUGGCUUUAUGAGUUUUCCUUAUCCAUUGACCAAUGUCCUUAGAAGCAACUUUGAGCCUUCUAAAUUUGCUAUAUGAAAAAGAACUGGUCCUAAGAGCUAUGUAACGCGAACAUAUUGCUUCCCUUUACAUCAGUUUAAGGGGCAAGGUGUGUUUGUCUCCAAAUGAACACAGUUGAAGCUACAUCCUUUGCUGAAUUGGCAAACCAAGAUAUGGGUUUUGAUCACCUUAAUGCAAAGCAUGUGGAAUGGCAUAGGUGAUGGAGUGCAGGGCGAGCGUGAUCUCUUGAUGAACAGUUGCUAUGGCUGGAUAUGAUUCAAAGACUACAUGGCGAAGAUUUUAUGAACAAUUGGCUGAAGCAAUUAAUAUUGAGUUACAGGAUCUCACAUUCAUAUCUAAUAUGGAGAAAAGCUUAGGAGAGGCCAGUAGGAUUGUAUUUCCAUGUUUGUAGCAUAAAAUUUAUUUUUGUCACUUAUCAAAGAGUUCGAAGAAAUUUUUUCAUUGUCAUGAUAUUCAAAGAAUUUAGAACUUGAUAUGGGCAGCUGCACAUGUAUACAGUAAGCAUGAAUUUAAUUAAAAAUUAAAUGAUUUACUCAAUAU